GACUUACUUUCCUUUCUCCAUCCUCUUUUGUAAAAGCCCCACGCAAUGACGCUAACCUUCCUCCUCGCUUCUCAAAUCUUCCCGCUUCCUCCUCAAACGUACAUCAGAGACGCAACCUAUCUCCGUCCACGUCGGAACCUUCCCCCGUCAAAUCCACCGCCCGAUUCUCACCGAUCGUCUCCCAUCGCUGAUAACUAACUCCUCCGUCUAAAAUUCAAAUUGAUUGCGUAGGUGAAACCUAGAGAGAUCUCAAAGCUUGCGUCGGAGAAGGAUCGAUGGAGAGAUCUAGUAAAUGCGCUGUGUGCUACUCAUCGUUUCGUGCUUCGAUCUGCGUAGCUUGUGUUAAUCGGAGGUAUGCUGCUUCGUUUCGAUGGUGUUCUUCUAUAGAUUAUGUAGGUUUACUUUGUGUGACACUUUUGUGCAGUUUAAAUGAAUGCAAAACUGUGGUGGAAUCGUUGAAGAGCCGUCGAGAGGUUUCAUACUUGAGAUUGAGUAGCUUGCUUGUUACUAAGGAGAAAGCAAUUAUUCAGAAGUGUUGGAUGGAUCUUCACAAUGAGAAGCUUGCUAAGUUGCGGGAUAAGCUCGAGCUACAAGUGGAGAAGUUACAGAAAAGCAAAAGCACGUUUCGGAGAUUAUCUAGCAAUCUGAAAGAGAGAUAUGGGAUUAUUGAAACGACUAAUGUUGCUUUGGAGAAGAGCCGUGUUCGACAUUUGGAGAACCACUAUUCAGAUACUAUUGGCAAUCACUACUUGGUCUAUAUCGAGCUUACUUCAGAACGCCUUUAUAAACAGGCUUUGGUUAUGAAACAGAUAUGCAAGUUAUUCCCUCUAUCAAAGGUGACGCUAGAGGGCCAUAACCAACAUGAGGGUACUGGACAGUAUGAUCAAAUCUGCAAUUCUCUCCUUCCACAAGGUCUCAACCCACUCUCUGUUCCGCCAAAAGAGCUCGCAGCUUCUUUAGGGUACAUGGUGCAGCUUCUGAAUCUUGUUGUCCAUAAGCUCGCAGUGCCUGCGCUCCAUAACUUGGGUUUUGGGGGUUCUUGUUCAAGAAUAUGGCAACGAGAUUCCUAUUGGAAAUCUCACCCGUCUUCUCCAAGCAAUGAGUAUCCUCUCUUUGUACCAUCCCAUGAUUACUACUCCAAUGAAGGGAAAAGUUCAUGGACGGGUAGAGACACAACCAAUUUUGGUGUGACUUCACUGAAAUCAGAUGGAAGUGUAGAAGAAGAUUAUCAUGACCUCGACGUUGUCAACCUUUCCUCUUCCUCUCCUCACUCUGUCGAAACGUUCAGAAAUGUGCAGAGAGGGAUCGCACAUCUCAAGCAAAGCGUGGCUCACUUAACAGUGUAUGGAUACAGUUCCCUGUCCAUGGAAGUUCCUUCUGGAGCCUCGACUUUUGAAUCAUUUGCAAAGUUGCUGACCACAUUAUCUUCAAUCAAGGAAGUUCAGUCCGCUCUUUCUCUUGGUUUGUCAAGUUCCAACAAACAAAAACACGAGCCAAACAAAUCAGUGUGGAAUUUGAACUCCUCAAGUUCCAGCACCAUGCUGAACAGCUCUCAUAUUCAGCCAACGUCGUGGAACAACAAUAGCUAUUAUAAUGUUCCAAAUCGAGAUCCUAGCUCUAUUGGCGAGUGGAAUUUGGUUGACUAUCCUCAUUUUUCACAUCAAGCUAUGAAGUUCAAUUAUCCCAACGACUAUUGAACAUCUCAAGGUAUACUAAUUCUACUUGUUUUAUUCUUCAUAACUAUGACAUGAUAAAAUUUAUAUUGUACACCCAAAGAUCCAACACAUUAGAAAAACACAUCUUAGCUGGAACCCAGAUUGUCGAUAUUGUUCAUACCCAAAGGCAUCUUCAAUUCUAGGCAUGUCCUUGAAUAACAUUAAUGGUGUAUAUUAUGUAAUUCUUGAUACCUUAUGUUGUAAUUAUUAUUGGGAUAAUGGGAUUUGAUUUAUUGGUUUAAUUCUGGCUAGCAUUGUUUUUUUUU